AUGAACUCAAAUAAGAAUAUAAAUAAUCCUAAUACGGCUGCCGGGAGUAGUUGGUUUACGAAUAUUCCCCCUAUCACAAGAUAUUUAUUAACUGCAAUCGUCACUAUUAUUGGGUUAUGGAAAUUAUCAAUUAUUGGAUUAGAUAAAUUCGUGUAUUCCUGGUAUGAUGUUGUGAAACGUUUUCAGUUUUGGCGUAUUUUCACUUCAUGUAUCAUCAUCAUUCCAGGUACUGCCACUCAAGCAUUAGCAACAAUUUUGGAAUUUUAUAAUUUAUAUUCAAGAUCAAGUCAUUUAGAAACUGUACAUUUUAGAGGUGACAAGGCUCAUUAUGCUUAUUAUAUUUUAUGUUGCAUGAUUAUCAUUGCCAUUAGUUGUUCUGCAUGGUUCAGAUCAUCAAAGGAACAAUUCAUCUUACAAAGUGCUUUCACCUCCUGUAUCGGUUACACUUGGGCAAUGGAUCAUCCUGAAUCUCAAAUAUUAUACUACGGUGUACUACCUAUCAAGGGUAAAUAUUAUCCAGUAAUGGAAAUGAUUAUAUCUUUUGUAUUUAAUGCAGGUGAAAACGCAUUUCAAUUAUGUGUCAUUGGUGUCUGUACUGGCUACUUUUUCCAAUGUUUAGAUACCAACAGUUUUGGUCCAUUGUCGUGGUGGUUAUUUACCAACAAGAAUGCUAGUGAAUACUCUAUUGGGAGCUUUAAACCACCCAGAUGGUUUAUUUCUCUUUUCUCUAAUCUUGAUGGUACCAGAAUUAAUACUUUUAGUGGAAGAGGUAGUAGGUUAGGAAAUGGUUCAAACAAACCAGGGAAGGCUGGAACACCUUACAAUCCUAGACUAGCAAUAUUAAAUAGUAAAGACAACAACAAUGACAGUCAAAACUCGUUUUCUGCAAGAGAUUUCUUUGGAACCUCUGCAGAAAAAAGGAAAUUCCCAGGAAAGGGUCAAAAGUUGGGUAAAUAA